AUGUUCACGAGAGAACCAUCGAGACCACCAUCGACGAGCGCUUCAUCCCCAUUGCACUUGGAGAUAGCAGAGGCACAAACCGCCGACGACAUCAUACAACGGAGUUGGGGUUCCGCGGUUCUAGCAGCCACAUACCGAGGUUUGUGCAAUGCUUGUACACUUGUCUCCCCCAAGUCUGGGCUUCUUGGCUGCCCACUGUUCUUGCAGCUGUGGUCCUGGGAGAGGUUCCCGAUUGGUCGGCCAGACAUAGAUGCUGAGCGCCCUUUCGGGGCAAACGAGUUGGAUGAUCCGGACCACAUCGAUAUGCCUACUUUCGGCAUACUUUGGACACGUCGCGAGAGACGAUUUGCUCGCGACCAGGUCAGGAACUGCUACCCUGCGUUCACCGAGCAGUUCGACGUGCUCGAUGAUAGGGCGGUGAUCUGGCAGCCCUAUAUGGCCGCCGCCGUGCAUGCAAGGUACCCCGGCGGGAUCUCUAGCCUCUGCUAUAGAGAUUGUGCGUACUGGAUGACACAGUCGAAGAUCAUCUUCGAUGUGUCCGUGGAGAUAAUGUCCCAGCAGAGGAUCAUGAGGCAGUUCGGGUCUCGGCAGCUGGUCGAUCCUCCACCACCGAUAGCACCUCUCCCUGCCUACGUCCACAAGUACAACAGGAAGGGUACUAGCCACUCCUCGACAUGGUGGCUUCAGCGCGUUGGCUCGUAUGUUGCUGAGUGGGAUGGCGCGACAACACACGUCUGGCCGAACGAUGAGCAGUUUGACCCACAGGAGUUUGACGCAUAUCUGCAGAGGUACACUGCAGCCACGCGAGUGCGCCUCAUCCAGCCGACUGAUCCAGCUGAGGCGCCACCUACGUCUAUGCACGAUAUGUACCCGAUUCAGUCCACAGCCGUGGUCACUGAUCGCAGACUUACGAGGAUGAAGUCGCUCGGUACACACGUCAAGUGUCCAGUGCGCCUCUUCUGCAGCGUGACCAACAUGUGUCAUGGUUGA